AUGAACCAUCAACAGCCUAGAGGCCUUCCACCUCCGCCUCUCGGUGCAAUGGGACGUGGUGCUCCGGGCGGACCUCCACCUCCACCUCCACCUCCACCAGGCAUCAGGUCAGGUACUCCAGGUUCUCAAGGUCCCCCUCCAGGUCACCCAGCUCAUCAAGGCGGGCGUGGUGGACCUCCACCGCAGAUGCAGAUGCCUAUGCGUCCUCGACAUGAGUCUUCUCACGUGGUGGAUCUCAACGCCACAGACAAACGACCACUUGACGAAGCAGCGUGCAAAGAAUUGUUGACUACAUACAGAGUUUAUUCGAUCCGAAAAGUGACACCGGAUGGAAAGGAAAAACCCACCUGGGCGAAAGCCGUGGUAACCGAAGAGGCCUUGUCACAAGAGGAUGUUGCUGCGCAGCUAGAGACAUUGAAGAGGUUUCCACAGACGAUAGCAGACAAAAAGGGAGCGUUGUUUCCUAAUCAGCAGGGCCAAGUCAAUAGACUUCUGGAUCAAUUGAAAACUGAGGAACUAGAUCCCCACUUUGAUUGGUCCCUUGUCCAGCUUGGCAGAAGAGAGAGAUCUUCCAACAAAGUAAGAGCAACCGUUUUAAUUACCGUGAUAGUAAAACGUGCGGUCAUGGAUCAAUUCAAUGCAUUGGCCCUCUACCAUUUUUUCGAGAAGAAUAAGCAAGAACGAUUGGCGGCGGAAUUGACGAGACCUCCAAUGCCACCUCAGCCUCAACCACCACCAACUUUGAAUGACCAACCUCCAGCUGUUGUAGGAGUUCUCCGUACGCCUGGUCAAACGGGUGGCAAUCGUGGCAGGUCCAGAAGCAGAAGCAGACAGAGGCCGGCUCGUUAUCAUUCAGACUCGAACUCGGAUUCCGAAUCCGAUAAUGAUACAGCCUCAACGGGAGCCUCGACGACCAGUAGUUCUCUGGUUACUAGUAUUAGUUCUCGGUCCGAUGAACGGUCUAGAAGGUACCAUUCGCGCACCAGGCGAGGACGUAGCCACAGCAAACACCGCCCGCGGGAGCACCAGAAGAAGUAUUUCAACGGUAGAAGUGAGUCGCCCGAGCCUAUAUAUCAAGAGCUUCGACGAAGCAGUCAUCCAAAUAUCCCAUAUACAGGAGAAGUCGCCUCAAUUGCUGCUCCCGAUGCCAUUGCCCAAGCAUUCCUGCAAGGCAGAGAAGAAGAAAGGGCAGUCGCUCAGCAUUAUUUGUCGCAAUUGCAACGACCAAUCAUCAGUGAUGAGCCAACCAGAGCUAUCAUUCCUGCCGGCCGUCGCGAACUUGAAUACAAUUCCGCAUCACCACGUUAUCCAUCUCAUCAAUAUGCAGAGGUCCCGAUGGUGGAAGCGCCCCGAUAUGUAAAGCCUCAAUAUUCAAGACCCGUACCUCGAUAUCGAGAUCCAUUGUACAAUGAUCGACACCUUGAUGAUCUGUAUGAGGAUGAUGCUCCACCUGUGGUUAUACGGAACGUGAGACCAGUUCCACGAGAAGCGGUUUAUAGACGCCACCUUUCUGACGCGGAGAGUUACAUCGCUCGAGACCCCAUCGCACCUAGAAUCCCAUUUACUGGUCUUCGCCCUCAGAUACCUCAAGUCCGUCAUCAUUAUCCAACCACCCCAAGAAGUCCGCCGCGAUAUCGGUAUGCUUCAAGCUACAGCAGUGAUAGCGCGUACACAUAG